AAGCCAGGACAGGUUCCGCAACUAUUUCGAGGCUUAGCUAGCGCUUAGCCUCAUCAUCAUUCCUUGUCAAGUCCAUUGUCAACAUGUCCUAAACGUAUCCGAGUUCCUCCCCUUGACGCCCACUUAUUAGGAUUGGAACGGAGUUUGAUAAUGAAACAUUAUAAUCCACUCAUUUUCAAUCCCGUUCACUCCUAUCCCGGCUCCUAACCAUGCAACGAACAAGACCGCAGCCCAAAGAAUCUUUCCUUCUCGGUCCCUUCACCGUCCCCCGUGUAUGGGUAGGUCUUUGGCAGCUGUCAAGUAACGCUUGGGGAAGCGCCUCGGCAGCAAAGAUUCGUCAAGCAAUGGCAAGACACGUCGAAAUGGGUUACAAUGCUUUCGAUAUGGCCGAUCAUUAUGGAAGCGCGGAAAUACUCUACGGGCAAUUCAAAGAAUCGCUACCAAGCACGGCGGAUGCUGUCGGCGCUACAAAGUGGUGUGUAUUCCGGCAAACGGUACCGACGCGUUCUAUCGUGGAGAAUGCCGUUCGGGAGCGUAUGACACGCAUGCGCGCGAAUUCUGUCGACCUGUUGCAGUUUCACUGGCAAGAUUACUCCGACAAAGGAUAUCUCACCGCCCUCCAAAUUCUUCAAGAUCUUCAAAAUGAAGGGCUCAUCAGCGCCGUCGGCCUGUGCAAUUUUGAUGCCAUACGAACAGAUGAAAUAUGUACACAACUGGGGCCUGGUUUCAUCGUUUCAAAUCAAGUCCAGUUCUCCCUAAUCGACACUCGACCCCUGCACGGCAUGGCCGAUGUAUGUGAACGGCAUAAUGUCAAAUUAUUAACAUACGGCACGCUUUGCGGUGGAUUUUUAGCAGACCAGUGGUUGAAUCAGCCGGAACCAGACCUCUAUUCCGGUGUUUUGACGCCAUCUCAGCGCAAGUAUCUCGAUAUGAUCUUGAAGGCCUGGGGGAGCUGGGCACUAUUCCAGUCCCUAUUGGCAGUGCUGCGUGAUAUCGGCGAUCGUCAUGGAGGGCUAAGCAUUGCAAACAUAGCCACGCGAUGGGUCCUUGAUCACUCGUUUGUCGGAGCUGUAAUCAUUGGCGCCCGUUUGGGAGUAUCCGAGCACAUCGAUGACAAUGACCGUGUUUUUGGUUUCAGAUUGACCGACGAGGACAACAGCGCCCUUGAAGCAGUACAAGCCCGGUCUAAUGGUCGCCGUAUGAUCACCAUGAUAGGGGACUGUGGGGCCGAAUACCGUUAACAUGGCUGUACCUCUUGAUGUCUAUCAUUUUAUGUACAGCUAUGCAUCUUGUGAUUGUGUGGUGUAUCUUUGAUGUGUACUCUUGAAAAGUUAGAUCUGUGCACAUCUAGGGAUCAAAGCGCCACUGAGAUAUGAUGCUCUAUUCUCAAAAUAAGAAAGAUCUGCAUGGUUGGGCAGGGUCUGAUGGCAUCCAUGCCCAGCCUCCACAUCAUCAACGUUCUUCCAUGUGAUUGUUCAGACCCUCAUCAGCAUCAGUCCAUCUCGUGAACACCAGUAUCGCGAGACACGUCGGUUCUGUACGCCCGUCUUUGCUGUGUUGUUUAGCAUGUAAGAUCCGGAACUCGUGGAACUUCAUCCGUUCUCUCUGGGCUUCGGAGCUUAACU